GUGACGUCAAGCGUCUACCGAGUGAACAUUAUAAUUCUAAACUACGAUGGCGAUGCGACACAGAAUCUCCAUCUGAUCAUAGGUCAGAAUUGUAAUAUUCGCCAGGUAGACUCCCCACGCCGCUAUGCGGAACUCCCUGCGCAUGCGUCGCGUCUUGCGUAGUUGAUUUUCUUGACUGCACCGUCUAUGCUUGUCGCACCGUAUCUCUAUCUUUAUCUUAUACGCUAUAGCGAUAGGGAUAAUUAGUUCACAAACCUGCCGCUCUAAAUGACGCUACUGUCACCCGUGUCGUGGCAUGUCUAGUUGUUUAAAAUUUCUUUUAGAUGUUAUGUAUUCGAUUAUUACAAUUAUUCUUAUACACAUAUAUCUAUAUUUAAUAUUAAAUGUACGAUUGACAAAGAUUAGGACAGCGUAAUAGGAUGUUAUUUUGGGAACCAAAUGAAAGUUGUUCCAAGAUAUGCAUGUCAUGUUGUAACACUCUAUUAAAAAUCUUUCGAAACAUUUGUUUAUGUUCUGUACAAAAGUCUUAUGUACAAUGACAGUUUAAUAUAUGUAUAUUAGUAUUUCGAAAAUAUAUUUGUGAUUCCGUUAAUAAUUUUUCUAGUCACGUUCGAUUAUCAGUUUCACGCAAUCUCUUACUGUUUAUUAUGUGUGCACCUUUAUCAUUGUUCAGCGAUCGAUAUCUUUUAUAUUUUUCUACAUUAUUAUUAUGACAAACGAAGAAUCUGUAUGGCAAGAAUUAUCAGAAAUAUAUGCUGACCCUCCGGAAACAAGAAACAAAUGCACGCAAUGCAAAAGACCAGUGCCAGUGUGUUGGUGUCCAGGAUUACCGAAACACAUAGUGUGCCCUGCAUCAAGAAUAAUUAUUCUACAGCAUCCGGCUGAAGUAAAGCGUUGUUUAAGAACGGCGCCUAUGCUUGCUCUAGGUCUAGAAUCUGGAAAGUGCAUCACAUAUAGAGGUAAGAAAUUUCCAUUGCCGAAGCACGAAGGAUUAACAGAAAUUUUGAAUGAUAAGAAUACUCUACUACUUUAUCCAUCGACUGAUGCUGUACCACUCGAUAAAUUGACUCCUGUUGGUACAGAUGGACAAGAGCCUUAUAAUCUUAUUUUAUUAGAUGGUACCUGGCCACAGGCGAAGGCAAUAUAUCAUUCUAGUCCAGCACUUAGCCUUUUAAGAGCAUGCAAAUUGGUUGGAGUUCCAACAAGCGAAUAUGUUAUUAGAACACAGCCAACCGAAGGAUGUUUAUCUACGCUUGAAACUGGUGCUUUUGCACUUUCCAUUUUAGAAGGUGAUCCAGAAUUGAAGGAUAGAAUGCUUGGACCUCUGCAUUAUCUCUGCAGAUUUCAGUUGGAAAAUGGUGCUGUAACUCACCAGAGCAAAGAAUUUCUUAUUAAACAAAAAGCUUAUCCUAAACUCAUAGGACGACGGCUAGCGAAACAAUUGCGAAUGUUACCUGAGGAAUCAACGUAACAUUUCCAUUUUGUAGUUUGAAGUUAUAGAAUUCUAAUUAUAGCUAUUUAAAGAGAUUCAUCCCAUGAUAAAUGUUUAAUUUUUGAUAAUCGUAUACGCAAAGGGACAGUAUACCAUAAACAGGAAUUAUAUAAACAAUGAAUGGUUUCAAUUUAAAAAUGUAUAUUUUUAUAAAUGAUGCGUCAGAUUAUUUUAGUGGUUCUGACAAUACAUGAAAAUCAAAUUUCAUAGUCCUGAAAAGUUCUGGCGCAUAGUCGAACGACCAAUCAAGAGAACUUUGUUGUGUAACGUUUGUUACGUCCCUAAAUAUAUGUACACCUUGUCUUGUGAAUGGAUCCCACGAUAUUCGUGCGCCAGGUUGUAUUGCCCUCGUUGGUCCUGACGAUACCGUAAUCUGAGCGUUUAGAUGCCAAUCCACCCACAAAGCUACGCCGUUACACGAUCCACUCCUAGAUUAACAAAAAUUAAAUUGUUAAUAUCUUAUAGACUUUUAGUACAUAGAAAACAAAUAAAAACGAUCUUACUCUAGAAUAGGAAUUGAGUCGGA